AUGAGAGGAAGAGGAGAAGAGAGAGAAAUUAAUGGUAAUGGAAAUGGAAUACCCAAUUCCAAUUUCUACUGUUUACCCAACACCCAAAACUUGGAAUCUCCGUCUUCAAUCUUCAAGCUUCCAUCUUCUUCCACCUCUGAUCAAACAAAUAUUUCAUUUCCUUCCAUAUUUCUCAACCCUUCAAGCUUAGACAAUCUUCAUCUUGUCAAUCUAUCCUCCCCUGAACAGUGGCCGUCGUCGUCAUCUGAUCCCCUGCUUCUUCCCGGCGUUCCGAUUCGUGCAAACACAUCUACUCCGGCGAGGGUUAUAUGUUUCGACAGGAAUUUCCACAGCAGGAAAGAAGUUUCUGCUGGUAUGAUUCAGGUCUCUUUAAAGGAGAAUCAACGUCAGAGGAGGGCAGAGGAGAGGGAGGAAGAGGAGGAGGAGAGUGGUAAGAAGAGGUUUAGGACAAGAUUCACAGGUGAGCAGAAAGAGAAGAUGAGGGAAUUGGGUGAGAGUUUGGGAUGGAGAAUGGAGAAGAAAGAUGAGGAUGAAGUUGAGAGAUUGUGUAGUGAAUUGGGAGUGAGUAAACAAGUUUUCAAGGUGUGGAUGAACAAUAGCAAACAAGCUAUGAAGAAGAUGAAACGAUUGUAA